CUGCAGAAAUAUUUACAUCCGGGCCUUGGCAAUCUGACAGCCUCGUUCUGAAAAUCAUAACGCUGCAUCAGGCGCCAUUUUGUUUUUACUACAAAAUGAAACAUGUCGAUAGAAGCGCGUCACACGCUUGAAGUACCUAUUGAGAAUGUUCCUGAUUUGGCAAAGUAUUUGGUAAAUCAGCAGAGUAGUCAAGGAGUGAUCAAUCCAGUUGUACAAGUUUCUGAUGUGGCAGCACCCAUACUGCAUGUUCAAGAUGCUGUACCUGGCGGCACAAUCAUACAGAUGCCUGAGGGCUCUGUUGCCCCUGUGGUACAGAUGGCAGACCAAAGCCAACCUAUCUAUAUAACAGAAGGAUUCCCCAAUGGUAUACAGAUACUGGAUGGUUCUAUUCCAUUCAUACAAAGCAGUGAUGGGACUUCGAUCAUACAGCUUGCCACCCCUACCAUGGUCUCUGGUGGCAAUAUGGAAGGCCUCACACAGAUUGUACAGUUUGCUGGUGGACAGGUAGCCCUUGUAGAGCAGCAGGAGAAUAUAGACCCACAGAAUGUACAACACUUUGUACUGGAGCAGUUGCCCACACAGCAAGCCACCCAGAUUGAAGGAGAGAUACAGCAACAACAACAACUUCUGAUGGAUACAGCUGCACCCGAACAUGUUGUCAAAUCUGAACAUCAGCAGCAACAGCAACAACAAGCUCAGUCAGAAGAGGAAAUCACUAAGCCUCCUAUUGGAAAGGGUCCAUUCACUUGCGAUAUUUGUGAGAAGAAGUUAGAAAAGUGGAGCCAGUACCAGCGUCACAUGAGAUCACACGAGGAUGAUAAGCCAUUUCGUUGUUUCAACUGUCCGGCUUCCUUUAACAUUGCUGACAAUCUCAAACUACAUCUUGCCACUCAUGUUGAGCCGGGAGACAAACCAGUGUGUCCAGAAUGUGGGAAGAAGUUUUCACGUGUUGCAAGUUUGAAGGCGCAUAUCAUGAUGCAUGAGAAAGAGGAAAACCUGAUGUGUCCUGAAUGUGGUGAUGAAUUCUCACUGCAGGGUCAGCUUGACAAGCACAUGUUAGAUCAUCAAGAGGACAGAGAAGGUACACGUGUAUACUCAUGCAGGCAGUGUAAUGCAUCAUUCAUGGCACAGAAAGAUCUGAAAGAACACACCAAACAACAUUUCAAGAUCAAAAUGUCAAUGUCCCAUCGUACAUACAAGAAAGAAAUAGAUAGAUCUGGAUUCAGUCAGAAAUGUCAACAUUGUUCUAAGACAUUUCAGAAACCCAGUCAGCUGGAACGGCAUGUCAGAAUACAUACAGGCGACAAACCAUUUAAAUGUACAAUCUGCCCAAAGUCGUUCAACCAGAAAGGAGCACUACAGAUGCAUGUUCUUGGUCGUCAUACCAACAAGAAGCCACAUAAAUGUCAAUUUUGUAAAGCUGGAUUCUCCCAGAAAGGCAACUUGAGGGCUCAUGUGCAGAGAGUUCACACAGUGACAGAUGAUCUAACCGACGUUGAUCUACAUAAAUGUGAUGAAUGUGCUUGUGUUUUCAAGAAACUCGGAAGUUUAAAUGCUCACAUCAGUAGAUUUCAUACAGAACAUCCAGACAACGCAGAAUUCAAUGAAAAUGACAGAGAGACUGAAAUUCUGAACAGUGGGAAGGAUUCUGCUGGCGAUGUUAUACAACAGCUGCUGGAACUGUCCGAGGCUGGGUCAGGUCAGCCACAGUCACAGCAGAACCUCCAAGGUCCAGAUGAUAUUCUUCAACAAGCUCUUCAGAACAGUGGCUUACCAGGAUCUGCCAACAAUACUGCACCAAAGACAGGGGGCACCAUGUCUGUCAUGAAUGUACGGGACACAGCCACUGGGGCUAUAAAGAAACACUAUGUUAGAAAACUUGGGUCAACAACCUGGCAUCAGUGCUCAUUCUGUAUGAAAGAAUUCAAGAAACCCAGCGACCUUGUGCGGCAUACGAGAAUCCACUCUCACGAGAAACCAUACAAGUGUACACAGUGUUUUAGAGCCUUCGCUGUGAAGAGCACACUGAACUCUCACAUCCGAACACAUACUGGCAUCAAACAGUAUAAAUGUAGUGUCUGUGAUAAAAAUUUCUCUACACAUGGAAGUCUGAAAGUACACCUUAGGUUGCAUACAGGAGCAAAGCCAUUUGAUUGCAAUUACUGUGAUAAAAAAUUCCGUACAGCUGCACACCGGAAAAACCAUUUAACAGCCCAUUUCAAGAGUGGUGAGAAAGGACCUGUAAGAUUGAAGUCUGACCCAGGCUUGAAGAAACUCACUGAUCUACAAGAUAUACCACUACAAGAGCCUAUAUUGAUCACUGACACAGGUCUGAUCCAACAGCCUCCAAGAAGUACUGUAUUUAACCAGUAUCUGGUAUCAGGAGAGUCCGGUAGUGUGGACAGACCAUAUAAAUGUGGCUACUGUCAGAGAGGCUUCAAGAAAUCUAGCCAUCUCAAGCAACAUAUAAGAUCUCAUACAGGUGAAAAACCAUACAAAUGCCUAACGUGUUCUCGGACAUUUGUGUCCAAUGGAGUCCUGAAAGCCCACAUCCGUAUUCACACUGGCAUGAAACAAUAUAAAUGUGUAAUGUGUGACAACCUCUUCUCAACCAAUGGCAGUUUAAAACGACAUAUGUCUACACAUAGUGACCUUCGGCCCUUUAUGUGUCCAUACUGUCAGAGAACUUUUAAAACAAGUGUCAACUGUAAAAAGCAUAUGAAAACUCACAGGGCUGAACUUGCAGUGCAAUCUAUGACCAGUCAGACACCACUACAAAAUGUUGAGCAGGCACAAGCAGCCAGUCAUGCAGCAGAGUUAGUGCAGGAUGAACAGUAUGUUGAGGAAGAACCAGUGGACAGUGACCUCACACUCGUCCAGCAAGAACUUAAUCAACCAUCAACUAUAGGUCAGACCGAUCUAGGUCAACAGUCUAUACUGUCACAGACAGGACUACAUGAUGCUUUAGGACUGGGCAAUAACAGUAUAGACUCUAAUAUUCUCAACCAACAGCAAAUGUUCAACCAGCAGCAGACAUUUACUCAGAGUUUGCUGGGAUCAGGACAGCAGAAUUUCCAACAGAUGAAUUCUCAUAUGGCAAGCAUCAAUCAACAACAAACUCAGUAUAAUAUACAGCAGCAGCAGCAGCAACAACAACAACAAAUAAACCAGGUGGAUUUGAACAACUUCAAUCAACAACAGCAGACAGAAAAUGUGAUCCAGAUAGUUACAUCAGGGGAACAAGUCCAUACUGGUACAGUACAAACUGGGGAGCAGCAAGCACAGGAUGGUGGGAACCAGUAUGUUGCCUCUGCAGUGAUGCCUAGUACAUCAAUGGAGAAUAUUCUUGAGACAAGAGAUAGUCAGACAGCAGAUGAAGCUGAGGGUGAGGCAGACAUCCCAGCACAGCAGAUUGACGAGGAUGGUAGGAGUCGUUACACCUGUGAAUUCUGUAAUAAAAUCUUUAAGAAAUCCAGUCAUCUUAAACAGCAUAUCAGGACACAUACUGGUGAAAAGCCAUACAAAUGUACACAGUGUGAAAAGACAUUCGUAUCGAUGGGUGUUUUACGUCAACAUCUGCGUACCCAUACAGGGGUUAAAGAGUUCAAAUGCAGUGUGUGUCAUGCAAUGUUUACCACAAAUGGUUCUCUGACACGACAUAUGAACAUCCAUGUGUCCAUUAAGCCGUACAAGUGUCCAUUCUGUUUGGAGGGAUUUAGGACAGCCAGUAUCUGUAAAAAACAUAUGAAGGAGCACACAGGUGGAGAUGCUGAUGGUGAAGAAGAUGAAGAUGAAGAUCAUCAUGGACAGCAGGAGGAUGAAGUGACUGUCCCAGCUAUAACUCCCAAAAAGAGAAGGGCCCAGAUUGUUGAAAUUCCACAGUCUGUAGUAAAGUCUGUCAGCCAGGACAUGAAUUUGUCUGAGAAAUUGUUGGUAGAGUCGGCAUCAGAAAGAGAUAGAAUAAGUGAAGUGAAAGAAUUAGAUCUUCAGCAUCAGGAGAAGCACACUCAUGAAUGUCCACAUUGCCCCAAGAGUUUUAAGAAGCCUAGUGAUCUUGUGCGUCACAUUAGAAUCCACACAGGGGAGAAACCUUUUGCCUGUGGAAUCUGUGGAAGAACUUUCACUGUGAAGUCCACACUUGAUAGUCACAUGAAGACGCAUGGUGGAUUGGAGAAAACUAUCCGCUGUCAUAUAUGUGGUUCAAUGUUCAGCACAAAGGGCAGCUUAAAAGUUCACAUGCGAUUGCAUACAGGAGCCAAACCAUUCAAGUGCCCUCACUGUCCACAGAGAUUUAGAACGUCUGGGCACCGGAAGAGUCACAUUCUCUCGCACUAUAAGGAUGUGGCUUCUAUGAGGAAGAAAAGAAAUGCUCAGAAUAUAAACAUACAGGAAGUCCCACAGCCUAAUGAACCAAUGGACUACAUCAAUCAAGUGGAUCCAAACCAGUCUUUACAACAAGUCAUUGCUCAAGGUCAAAAUCAAGGACAAAUUCAAAUGGGUCAGGUGAUUAAUAUUGACCAAUCAAUGCUUGGUGCAAACAUGGUUCCCCUUUCACUAACUGUAGAUGGUUAUGGGAACCUGACAGAUAAUUCCAUGUUGCAGUUACAAGGUUUAGAAGGGGUCCAGCUACAGUUACCUGGUGGAAAUAUAGCCCAAGGCAUACAAAUUUCUGGACUGGAUCAAAAUUCUAUCGGCCAGACAGUUCAUAUAGAUGCUAAUAUCCUUCAACAGUUGCAGUCUGGGAAUUUUAACAUUACAUUAAAUCCAAAUCAAGCCCAAGCAACAGAUCCUAAUUUGGUGCAGAACUUGGCAAAUAUCCAGUUGCAGUCCAUGUCAAUCCAAGAUGGUGUGAAUCCCAAUAUGGUUGUGCAGACCCUAGGAGCUAUUGGCAUGGACCAGGCAGCACUUCAGCAGGGUAGCCAGGCAGCACAUAUGGGUAUAAACCAGGAACUGCCUCCAGGAACAUUUGUUAUGGCAGGAACUGGUGGAAUUAUUCAAGAGCAGCAGAUAGGACAGCCCCAGGUUGUUAUAGAUAAUCAACAGGUACAGUCAGUGUCACAGUCUGCAGAAAAUACAAUACAAGUGGAUACAGGGAGCCAGUCUGAAAUUGAUCAAACAGAAGAUGUUAAAGACAUAGAAAUUCCUGUGCUGUCAACAGACAUAGACCAUGAAUCUCAAGAAAUGAGAGCAAUAGAUCCAAACAUGACCACUGAUCUCUCAGAUACGAUGAUGGGGGGAGAUAACCAGGCUGGAUCUGAUAAUGAUGAUGUUGAUGAUGACCUGGACAAUGCUGGUGAUAUGAUUGAAGAAUCUGUUGGCGAUGAUGUCAACGAGGACCACAUACAUGAUCCCAAACUUGCUGAUCAGUUUAUGCCAGUACAGGGAGACUUUGUUGCUUCAAAUGCAGGACAGGCUACGGCAGUAGAUGACACCAGACAACAUCAGUGUCAUAUUUGUCAGAAGACUUUCAAGAGGAACAGUCAUUUAAAGGAGCACAUCCAGACUCACAUGAAGUCUGAAACAGUGAAAAGUAAAGAUGGAUUCCAUGCCUGUCCCUAUUGCGACAAACGAUUCCAAAAGCCCAGUCAGCUGGACAGACAUGUCAGAAUACAUACUGGUGAAAGACCUUUUGUAUGUUCUAUGUGUGGCAAAGCUUUCAACCAGAAGAAUGCACUACAGAUUCAUAUGAAAAAGCAUACAGGGGAAAGGCCGCACAAAUGUCAAUAUUGUAACACAGCAUUCACACAGAAAGGAAAUCUCAAAACUCAUAUCAAACGUGCCCAUCACGCUGAUAUGGUCAGCUCCAUGAACUUAAGAAAGUCAGUGCAGAAAAUGCAGAAUGAGGGAACUGGUGAAACGAUUAGUGUCUCUGUUGAUACAGGGAAAGAUCAAGUUAUAAGUGAAGAUAUAAACCUUGGACAAGUGGCUGCACUGUUUACUAACUGAAAGUCUAAAUGGAGCUGAACUGUAUCUCCACAGAAAGGGAAUUUAUUUUUUAUUGUUAGUUCCUUACAGAAAUCCAUGUAGAAAAGAGAGAAGGGAAUCGGUUGAAAAUACAAAUGUUCCAGCUGGUGUUGGAAAAGAUAAAAAUAGUGAAGAUAUAACUCUUGGACAGAUGGAAGCAAAGUUUGAUAACUGGAUGUAAAUGUAAACUUUAGUUCCAAGUAAUUUUGAUUGAGGAAAUUGAAAUACCAGAAAUGUUAAACUGUGGUUAAGAUUUGUUCUUGGCAAGGUAUAUAGAUGCACUGGAGUAUCGCAGCCUCGAAUUUGAUAGAGAUGCAUCACUGUAAAGAUGACUUCAGUCAGGUUGGACUGUUCUUGUUUAAUUGUUAAUUUGGCACUGUUAAGAUUUUUGCACCACUUUGCUGGAUUAUUGAGAUGGCCCAUAUAUAUUUAUAGGAUAGUUAGUAUUUAUAGGCCAUUUUGACUAUAUAUAUUCAUCCUUGCGUUACAGUACACUGUCAGUUGACUUCGGAACAUUUAUAGGAGGUUUAAAAUAAUUCGAAGUAUGCCCAUUUUUACCAUAAACUUAAGUUGUUGUUAAAAUUUUCUUCCAAAUUUAGCAGGGAAUUGAAUAUUAUUAUAUAUCAUUGUUAUUUUCAAAGUGAUAUGGAGAAACAGGGCUUUGCAAGAACAUGGACAAGAUUUUUAGUAUCAUUUUAUAACAUGUUAAAUCUGUUUGUUGUGGAGCUGCUUGCCUUAUUGUAGAAUUUUGGAUAAAACUUUUACGACUGCUUCAGUUCUUGCCAGUCAUCUUUUAUUAGUUUUUUUAGGUUUUAUUUUUUAACAGAUGAAAAUAGACACUUGAUAGACUUCAAUAUUAUUAAAUUGGAGACUAUUCAGGGAAUGCAACCUUGUCAUUGGUUAAUUUCAAGAUCAAUCUAAGAAUUGACCAAUCAGAUGCUGGUGUUUUGGGACUGGGUUCUAAACUUGACUUUAUAAUAUGGAGCGCAGGUAUCUGUUUACAUAAUCAAUCAGUCUGUAACAGUUUACUGAUUGGGGACAGUAUGAAUGCAAUUAAUGUGACAUUUUAAUCAUUUUUAGUGAGUUUUUAAUUUGAUACAACACAUUUUUGUACCCCUCGACAACAAAGUUGUAAGGGGGGUAUACUGGUUUCAGGUUGUCUGUCUGUCCGUCUGUCUGUCUGUCCGUAGACACAAUCUUGUGCGCACCAUCUCUCCUUAUCCCCUUGACAGAAUUUAAUGAAACUUCACACAAUUGAUCAGUACCAACAGUAGUUGUGCAUGGGGCAUGUUAGGUUCUUUUAGAAAAACAAUUUGCAGAAUUAUGGGACUUUGUUUUUUUUGUUACUAUACUAUAUACAUAGACACAAUCUUGUGCGCACCAUCUCUCCUCAUCCCCUUGACACAAUUUAAUGAAACUUCACACAAUUGAUCAGUACCAACAGUAGUUGUGCAUGGGGCAUGUUAGGUUCUUUUAGACAAAAAAAUUGCAGAGUUAUGGGACUUUGUUUUUUUGUUACUAUAC